GCUGAUGAGCGCAAUAACUGUCACUCUUUGUUAUAGACGGUUAGAAACAUAAAAACUCCCCUUUUUGACUUCCUUAUUAGAUAAUAUGUAUUGAAAACGGUUUGUUGGUGAGAUGUUGGCACCGGAAGUGGGUUCAACGAAUUCGGAGCUCCCCGAUGAGUCUCUGGUGCAAAGUAACAUCAUUCGUAAAAUAUCUGGUAUGUUUAACCGACAGCCGAGCCAAUCUGUAAGCGAUGGGGGCCCUAGUUACGUGCAAUUCAGCUCCUUCCACGAGCAGUCCGAAACGAGGACGUUGGGGACUUUUUCAGGGGUUUUCAGCCCUGUUACGUUGUCCAUGUUUAGUGCUCUAAUUUUUAUUCGAAUGGGUUUUAUUGUGGGAAAUGCUGGGUUAUUGGUUACAUUGGCACAAUUUGCUAUAGCCUAUGCUAUAUUGGUUUUUACAGUGAUGUCGGUUUGUGCUAUAUCUACAAAUGGGGCCGUUGAAGGGGGUGGAGCCUAUUUUAUGAUUUCUAGAACCCUAGGGCCAGAAUUUGGCGGUUCUAUAGGAACGUUAUUUUUUUUAGCAAACAUUGUAAACAGUGCCUUAAAUAUUACAGGUUGUGUGGAAGGAAUAGUGACUAAUUUUGGACCUACAGGGUACUUGGUAAAAGGUUUGUUGCCUGAUUCAAGAUGGUGGGAGUUUUUAUACUGCAGCGGUAUAAACAUGUUAAAUCUUGUGGUGUGUCUUAUCGGGGCUGGAUUGUUCGCGAAAACUUCGGUUUUCGUGUUGGCAAUAGUGACUGGUUGCUUGGGGGUUGUAGUGUUUUCAUUUUUCUACCAAGGGUUUCUGGAGGUACCAAUUCCAGAUCAAAACACUUUAAUACAAAACGCGACGUUUCACGUGACGGCAAACUACACGGGGUUAAGUUCGGCAACGUUGCAAUCUAACAUUUUCCCUCACUACGGUAAAGAUUACAAUUCCAACGGCGACUUGGUGACGUUCGCUUCCGUUUUCGGUGUGUUGUUUUCCGGUGUUACCGGAAUUAUGGCGGGAGCCAAUAUGAGCGGAGAGCUGAAAAAUCCGGGCAAAGCCAUACCAAGAGGCACUCUCUCAGCUUGCGUCUUCACUUUGGUGAUAUAUCUGACCGUUUCGUUUCUGAUAGCGGCCACAAGCACAAAAGAGUUACUACAGAACGAUUAUAUUUUCAUGGCUGGGGUCAGCGUUUUCCCCGCAAGCGUCGUUUUUGGUUUACUGAUAGCUUCGUGGUCUGCAGCUCUUAGUAACGUUAUAGGAGCUUCAAGGGUUGUGGAGGCGUUGGCCAAAGAUAGAAUAUUUGGUUCGUUUCUGUCCUUCAUCCCUAAAGGAACAUGGAACGGCAACCCUGUAGCGGCCGUCAUUUUAUCGGCGAUUCUGGUACAAUUAGUCCUGCUGAUCGAGUCUCUGAACGUUAUAGCUCAGUUGAACUCUGUACUGUUCUUGUUGAGUUACCUGGCUACAAAUCUGGCUUGUCUGGGGUUAGAGCUGGCGGGGGCGCCAAAUUUCCGACCCACGUUCGACUACUUCACGUGGCACACCGCUGCAAUAGGGCUGAUAGGCACGAUAAUAAUGAUGUUCGUGAUCAGUCCAGUGUACGCGGCUUGCAGCAUCCUGUUGUGUGUAUUGUUGGUGAUGUUUUUGCACUUCUUUUCGCCUUCCAAACAGGCGCAAUGGGGGAGCAUUUCGCAGGCUCUGAUUUUCCACCAGGUUAGAAAGUAUUUGUUGCUUUUGGACUCGCGCAAAGACCACGUCAAAUUUUGGCGACCUCAGAUGUUGCUGUUGGUGAAUAGUCCUAGAUCGGCUUGUCCCCUAAUCGAUUUUAUAAACGACCUCAAGAAAGGCGGUCUUUUUGUUUUGGGGCAUGUGGUGACAGAUUCACCAGAAGAAAAUGAAGUUGAUCCCACUUUAGGCACGACAGUGCACUGGUUGAACCUUGUGGACCACCUGAAAGUGAAAGCGUUCGUAGAGUUGACCGUGGCGCCAUCUGUACGCGACGGUUUGCAACAUUUGAUGCGGUUGUCCGGUAUGGGCGCCAUGAAGCCCAACACUGUGUGUCUGGGCUUCUUGGACGCCGAUGAGCCCAUAGAUUUUCUGCAGAGCUCGAAUUCUUCCUAUCAAAGUGUCGAUUUCGAUAACGAUAUUUUCCCGUUGAGUACUCAAAAAACCCUGCAACCUUUGGAGUACGUUCAGAUGAUGAAGGAUGUUUUGAGGAUGAAGAAAAAUUUAUGUUUGUGCAGGAAUUUCUGGAAACUUAAGAAGGAUCAGAAGCGCGGUUUUACUCAGUACAUCGACGUUUGGCCGGUGAAUUUCUUGCACCCCGGAGAACACGACGCCUUCGACACAACCUCGCUUUUCAUGAUGCAACUGUCUUGCAUAGCGAACAUGUGCAAACAGUGGAGCAAAUUGAAACUGAGAGUUUGCAUUUGCGACGAAUCUCGUCAUUCGUAUUUUAGCAUUAAUUCCACGUCUCAGAGCCAAUCGGACAAGCUGAAACAUCUGCUCAAAACUUUGCGUAUAACUGCUGAGCUUUUUCCAGUCAGCGGUUGGACGAAUACCAUCGAACAACAUGGCAACACUGAUGAGUACUUACACAGUGUGAAUCGGUUGAUUUUGCAACAAACUGAGGAGACGGCGGUGACUUUUAUUUACUUGCCACAGCCCCCUUGUGAGGAUUCCACAGCCACCUCCUAUUUGCAAAAAAUCGAAAUAAUCUCAAGAAAUUUGCCACCAACCAUUUUUGUGCAUGGGGUUAAUACUGUCACUUCCACAACUUUAUAGGGGAAAAUCUAUAUAUUUUUUUACUUAAUUUAAUUAUAAUUAUUAUUAAUUUUAUAGGGAUUUUAAACGACAUUAUUACCAAAAUAGUUAUUAUAUGUAAAGAACAAUUUAAUUUUAUUGGUUAUUUUUAUAUUUUAUAGUUUAAACAUAUCAGUUUUUACGAUGAAAAUGCCUUAUGUAAGUAAUAAAGUACUGUGAUUCAUAUUUUCAUAUACAUUGCGUAAUAAAUAAUUUUUACUAAA